AUGCUCGCCCACACGAAAUGCCGGUGAUUCUCUCUCUCUCUCUCUCUCUCUCGCUCUCUCUUCCAAAAUUCGCUUUGAAUCCCAGUGGAAUUCUCGAUUUGAAGCUUCGAAUGGAAAUUGGUAGCAGUUGUUGAGGCUGUGGUUUUGGUUGCAGCUGCGAGCUCAAUCCAAGCAUAGAUCCGGGGCGCCAUUGCUCGAACACCUUCUUUCUUGGUCUAUUGACGAUUUUAGAGCUUCAAGGUAGCUCCUUUGUUGUGGUAAUGGUGUUUUAACUCUCGCUUUGGUGGUGUUUUUGAGUGGUGAUUGGAACUCGAAGAAUGGGAAUGUGUGUGUGAGGAGGGAUUCCCCUUGGAGAUCUGAAGAUCUCUGAUAGUGCGGAAGAAGGAAUUUUGGUAUCUGGAAUAUGUCAUCAUCUGGGAGUUCACUCAAGCAACAUUUGUCUGAGAAAACUGAUUUGUUUGGUCUUCAGCUAUGGGUCGUAAUUUCAAUAACUGUUAUGAUCUUGUUGAUUUUCAUUCUUACUGUACUAGUAAUAUGCAUUAAUGCUCAGAGCCGCAGGAGGAGAAGAGCUCCAAACAGGCUUCCUGUGACUCAAAUUCCUGCAGUGUCAAAGGAAAUCAGAGAAGUAAGGGUGGAGCAAGUUCCAGCAAAUGAUUUUGUCGCAAGUGAUGGUAUUCUUCUCACAAUUCAUGACAAGGCCAGGGAGAAUGAUUCUGAUAAGGUCAUGGUCCAUUUGGGUCUGGGAAAAUCAAGACCUGCUGAUAGUAACAGUCUUUCAGGCUCUUUUCACCACACUGAAAAAGAAGGUGGUUCCCUUUCGGGUGAAGAUGGAAAUUCUGGGAUAGUUUCUGUAUACAGGCCUGCUUCUUCAUCAUACCGCAUAACAGCUCCUUCACCUUUGACUGGACUCCCUGAGUUCUCUCAUCUUGGUUGGGGCCAUUGGUUUACAUUGCGAGACUUGGAGAUUGCAACCAAUCGUUUUUCAAGGGAAAAUAUACUCGGGGAGGGUGGUUAUGGUGUUGUGUAUCAUGGCCGUCUGAUAAAUGGAAGCCCAGUGGCUGUCAAGAGGCUCCUUAACAAUCUGGGUCAAGCAGAGAAGGAGUUUAGAGUCGAAGUUGAUGCAAUUGGGCUUGUUCGCCACAAGAACUUAGUUCGGCUUUUAGGGUACUGUGUUGAGGGCACUCACAGGAUGUUAGUGUAUGAGUACGUCAACAAUGGAAACCUGGAACAGUGGCUUCAUGGAGCAAUGCGCCAGAAGGGUACUCUCACCUGGGAGGCUCGAAUGAAGAUUCUCCUUGGCACAGCUAAGGCCCUUGCCUAUUUACAUGAGGCUAUUGAGCCAAAAGUGGUCCAUCGAGAUAUUAAGUCCAGCAACAUAUUGAUCGAUAAUGAUCUCAAUGCAAAAGUCUCUGACUUUGGUUUGGCGAAGCUUUUGGGUGCUGGAAAAAGCCACAUCACCACAAGAGUUAUGGGAACAUUUGGGUAUGUUGCACCUGAGUAUGCAAAUACUGGACUUUUAAAUGAAAAGAGUGACAUAUACAGUUUUGGGGUUGUUCUCUUGGAGGCAAUUACUGGUAGAGAUCCUGUUGAUUAUGGCCGCCCUGUACAUGAGGUAAAUCUUGUUGAUUGGCUCAAAAUGAUGGUUACCAAUAGGCGCUCAGAGGAAGUGGUAGACCCAAGUAUAGAGAUCAAACCAUCAACAAGAGCCCUCAAACGAGCUCUUUUAACUGCCUUGAGAUGUGUUGACCCUGAUUCAGAGAAACGACCGAAGAUGGGUCAAGUUGUUCUGAUGUUGGAAUCAGAAGAUCCAAUACCCCGUGAGGACCGGAGGAAUCGGCGGAAUCGUGGCGGGAGCAUAGAAAUUGAUUCUCAAAGAGAAAAUUCUGACACCGACAAGAGUGACAACCCCUGAUUCCAAGUCUAGCGGAACAAGAAACAGAUGAUCUUCAGAAGAAAAUUGAGAUAUUUAGAUUGCAUUUCAUGUCGAAUUUCGCACAUUAUAUGGAAGAAAUGCUCCUUCGGUACUUUGACACAUAAAGCUUUUGGCUAAACUAGGACAACGACCAGAUGAAGUCGUUCGAAUAUAGUAUAUUUCGUCUGUCAGUUUGGGAGAGGAUUGUUUGUGUAAGUAUGGCUUUCACUUAUAUAUUCUUGUGUACAGAUUAUAGCUUUUGGAGACUUUGAUGUUUAUUUCAUUUUCUUGAGAGGUAUAUGUCUUGUGUUUGUGUUUGUGUUUGUAUUGUUACAAUGUAUUUAGACUUGGAGGCGCUUCUUAAAUUGUUCAUAUGAAUGGAAACCUAUGCAUUUGAUUGGAUUUGG